AGUGUGUCACAUUUUGACAAAUGUUUGUGCAGUUUUUUUGAUUCAUUAAUUAUCUCGCUGUUUGCUUUAAAAAGUUUGUUUGGAACACGAUUGUGUGAUUCGCGUUAAAGAAGACCGGCAAACCCAUUUUCUUUAAAAAAUUGUGCGUUUUAUCGACUCUAUUUGUUAUUGAUUAUCAAUCGCUUAUACCUGACGAAUUAUUAUUGACGCUGUUUUAGUGAAGAUAAUUUUUACAAUUGCGAUAACGAUAAUGAAGAAAUGGUGUGCUGAAACAUUGUGCGAUUAAAUGAUCGUUCCACGUCGACAAGGAAGUCUGCGGUUUUUACUAUUUUACAAGACGACGGAUUCUAAGAAAAAUACGAUAGAAAUAAAACAUAGAAUCCACACGAGGCGUUUACAAAGCAGAGAAACGAAAUACAUUUUAAAUCGUACAUUUAUUAUCGGCUGUGAAACUGUUGAUUUUAUCAAGUUUCAUGUUAAACGUAUUUGUUAACAUUUCUUACGAGUUUAUUAAGAAGCUACAGUUUUCUCGUUCAACUAGAUAAAAUUUUGCGAUGUUCAUUUAUAAGUGUUUACGAAUGGCGGAGGAAUUGUAAUUGUUAAAAACUAUACUACCACUCGUUAACUUUAUAAUCAGUAUUAAAGACGGAAGGGUGACAGCAAUAGCGAUUGAGUGACAGUUGAAGCACAUGAUAUAAAAUGUUCAAGUGCUGUAUGUGUAAUAGUACGCCGAAGAAAGCGAACGAAGAGACAAAAUUGAAAGCGAACGAAGAGACAAAAUUGAAAGCGGACGAUAUGUCGAUCGGAUCGCCCAAACUAACUGCGGUCUCCGAGAAAGUGGACGAUGAUAAUCAGUCCUUGACGAAAGCGAAUAAGCUGAACGGCAAUGUGCAAAGAGUGGAAAAGACGCCUUCAGUCGCGUCGGACUCCACCCCGGUUCGCGCUAAUUCCAUAAUAAAGAAUUCGUGCGAGAUUCCGCAGAAUGGAAAUGCCGACGUCGAGGAAAAUUUAGAUGAGAAUUCGAUGGAAAAAGCGCCCGAUAACUCGAUCGCUGACGAUCCAACGAAAGUGCGGACGAAUUCAGACGAAAAUAGUAUUAAUUUUAGUGGCCUUGAUAAAAAUGAGGAGGGGGACAAUGUCAAUUCUGGCGUGAUAAGCGUCACCAAAACGAAUCUUUCCGACACGUCGGGAUACGUAGAAAAGAUAACCGACGGACCGGAAGAUGAAGGUGACGACUCGGUUUUCGAAGCCUGCUUGAGUGAAAAUGAGACGGUUAAAGCACCACCAGCUGCCUCGAUUCCAAGUUUGCAAUUGGAAGAAGAUGACGGCGAGUAUGCCUCAGAAGGAUGCAGCGGCAUGCAAGAGCCGCCUGCGACGCCGGUUGCUCGAGACGAGCUAGCUUUGCGGCGACACAGAUUUUUCUCCGAUUUGUUACAAGCAGCCCAGAAUUCGACGGAGCACAAAGUGAGAUUCGACCCGCUGGGACCGAUGGUGCACUCUGGUGGCGAAAAUAGCGAUAGAGAAGAACAUUUAGAAGAGCUGGUGAACCGGUUGGAAAACGUGACGAAACGACUGGAAAACAUAUCGGUACACUCUGCAAUUCAAACUCAAGACAUCGCUAUACAGACUUCUUCACCUAUUUUAAAGGAACCUACGUCAGCAGCAAGUACUCUGUCGGAAGAAGACAUUUCCAUAUCAUCGACCAUCCAUUUGAACGAACAGGCAGUUCCGAAUCAGCCUACAAACAUGUCUAUAGCUGGAUAUGAAAAUCUCUUGUCUGGGUCGGUUAGAGAAUACGUGGAAAUAAGUCAGAAGAUCGGCAGUGAUGUGGCUGAACAUAGCAAACUUGUCGAAAAACUUUUUCAAAUGCAAUUCGAAUUCAUACAAAUGGCGCAAAAACGUCCACAGCCGACAACUCAGCCCGAAUACAUAAAGCUGCUAGGGCCUAUGUCGGUGGUGAUCUCGAAAAUCCAACACUUUCGCGAGGAGAAGCGUUGUCUGACUAAUUUCUUCAAUCAUUUAUCAGCGGUUAGCGAAAGUAUCCCAGCUCUGGGAUGGGUCGCCAUGAGUCCCGCGCCAGCCCCGUUUGUAAAGGAAAUGAACGACGCCGGUCAGUUUUAUACGAAUCGCGUAUUGAAGGAUUGGAAGGAGAAGGACAAAAUACACGUGGACUGGUGUAAAGCGUGGGUGCAAACAUUGACCGAUUUACAACAGUACAUUCGCCAGUAUCACACAACGGGUUUAGUGUGGGGAAAACCUGGUGCUGCGCCUACAAAUGUACCACCUCCUCCACCCCCCUCGAUGCCAGCUGCAGACGUUGCACCGUUAGCGGUGAAUGACGACAGAAGCGCCCUUUUUGCUCAAAUUAAUCAGGGAGAAGAUAUCACGAAAAAUUUGAAGAAAGUUACUUCGGAUAUGCAAACACAUAAAAAUCCUGGUCUGAGAUCCGGUCCUGCGCCAUUCAAAGCGCCGGCUACUAACACGGCAGCAUUAAAAAGUGUGCCACCGGCGAACGUGCCUAUCGACAAACCAUCUGUAUUCACUAGGGAUGGCAAAAAAUGGCUUGUGGAGUAUCAUAAAGGCGAGAAUUUGACAAUCGAUAGCGCAGAGAUGAAUAAUGUGGUUUAUAUGUUUCGAUGCCAAGAUAGUACACUUACUAUCAAAGGCAAGAUUAACUCCGUCGUUAUGGAUUCCUGUCGUAAAUCAUCCGUUGUAUUUGAUUCCCUUGUGUCCAGUAUUGAAUUUGUUAAUUGCCAAAGUGUACAAAUGCAGGUUCUUGGAAAGGUGCCGACAAUUUCCAUUGACAAAACGGAUGGCUGCCAAAUGUAUUUAAGUACGGAAUCCCUGAAUGUUGAACUCAUUACGAGCAAAUCUAGUGAAAUGAAUGUUAUGGUUCCCAAAGCUAAUGGAGAUUACAGCGAAUAUCCGGUACCGGAGCAGUUUAAGACCACCAUUAGCAAGAACGGAAGUCUUCAUACUAUGGCUGUCGAUUCGCUCGGUUAAAGGCAUGAAGAGUUUAUUUACGCAUAGCCUACACAUCUUAACAAUAUAACUCAUUAGAGGUAUGAUAUCAACUUAAUAUUCUUAUGAUUAUUUAUUGUCUUCUUCGGGUAAUGGAACUAAAGAGAAAAACAGUUCCAACAUUGUAUGUCCCGCUUAUGUGUAAUGAAUUCACUUUAAUCAUAUAUAUUGCUACGUUCAUAACGGAGUGUAGCGUAGUAAAUUAUACGCAUCAACGAGAUGUAUUUGGUAAUAAACAGUAUUUGGUAAUAACGUAUUUAUUAAAAUUGCUGAAGAAAUUUCAUUCGGUCUAAAUAGCUGUUUGAGUCAAAAUUGUUAAAUGAUUUGGCUGAUAUAAAUUAUAUUGAUUCGCCGAAUGGAGAAUCUUCUAUUAAAUUAUAUUCUGUGAGAUGCUGAACUCUUAAUUAUUGUAAUAUGUCUAGUAAGAUUUGGAUUAUUGUUGAAUUCUGUUUACGAAGGUAUUUGCGUGUUCAGAUUGAAAGCAAGAAAAUAUAGAGGUGAUGUUAGAUGUAAUAUGGACCAAAAUUUAAUCGUGUUUCAGUUGCUUUUGUAUAUUUACACCAUUUUCUAUCACAAUCAUCAAAAGAUUUUGCUCAAAUCUGUCAUUGCACUUCUGGAUAGAAUGAAUGAAUUGUAUACUUACAUUUAACAGGAACCAGAAUUACUAGGCCUCUGAACAUUACUCGUGAAUGGCGUCAAAUGCCAUUGUCAAUAGUUCGAUAUUCUUUGCCUCUAAACUUUUGCUCUGUCGAGAGUUCAGUACUAUAUUUACUAUAUUUAUAAACGAGAUACUAAUAAUCGGGGUUUUGAAUAGAAAUCUAACAGCAUGCUGUUUAACGAGAGUACACUAGUACUAGUAUUACUUAAACUAUGAUAUUGAAUAACAAAAUGUUCAUUACGUUUGUAAUAAAUAUCCAUAGUGACAUCAUA